UAGAUCUUUGCUUUUCCGCAAACGAGAACCUGUAAUCGCAAAGAUAACCUAAACCCUAAUCCCCUCUCUCUCUGCACUUUGAGUUCAGUUUCUGGAUUUUUUCUUCUGAAUCUCUGUUUAAUAGAUAGAGAUAUAUGCAUGUCUGUGUAUUUGUAGGUUAGGAUUGGAGUAAAGAAAGAGAGAUUUAUCGACCAUGGCUACGGAGAAUAGUACCAAUACGGCAUCGACUUCGAGAUCUAAUUCGACCGCCGAUUCCUACAUAGGCAGCUUGAUAAGCUUGACGUCCAAGAGUGAGAUCAGAUACGAGGGCGUUCUCUACAAUAUCAACACCGAAGAGUCCAGCAUCGGAUUGAAAAACGUGCGGUCAUUUGGAACAGAAGGACGGAAAAAGGAUGGUCCGCAAAUCCCUCCCAGUGACAAAGUUUAUGAAUACAUAUUGUUCCGUGGAAGUGACAUCAAGGACUUACAGGUUAAGUCUUCUCCCCCUGUUCAGCCUAUGCCACCUAUAAACAAUGAUCCAGCUAUUAUACAGUCUCACUAUCCUCGCCCAGUUUCUACACCUGCGAGCUUGCCUCCUGCUGUUACUGGGUCUUUGAGUGAUAUCGGAUCCCACAAUGCUCAAAUGGGACUACCUGGGUCUAAUUUCCAAGGUGGGCUACCUUUAUAUCAACCUGGAGGGAAUCUAGGAACAUGGGGUGCUUCACCUCCUCCCCCAAAUGCAAAUGGGAAUGGGCUUGCUAUGCCAAUGUAUUGGCAAGGUUACUAUGGCCCUCCAAACGGGCUUCCUCAUUUACACCAGCAAUCUUUGCUUCGACCACCACCUGGGUUGUCAAUGCCUUCUUCCAUGCAGCCAAUGCAGUAUCCCAAUUUUAAUGCCCCUUUACCCACUGGAGCCUCAAACUUGCCGGUUUCAAACUUGCCAACUUCAAACUUACCGGUUUCAAACUUUCCAGCUUCCUUACCAGAUAUUCAGUCUCCUUUGCUUUCUGUUGGUAGUGGUACUAGUUCCCUUAAUUUAGCAUCCACUUCUUCAGCACCAUCAACUUUGCCUUCAACUUUACCCCCAGUGCUCUCUGCUAGUUUAGCUUCAGAAACAUUACAGAGUUUGCUUCCUAAUAAGGCUCCAAGUUCUGCACUUCCUGCAGCCAAUUUAAGUGCCAGCUUACCAGCGCUCUCUCCUUUGACUUCUUCAGGCCCAGAAUUAAACACCAUUGCACCACUGAUCUCCAAUAAGCCUAAUGCAAUUUCUGGUCCAACAAUGCCAUAUCAAAGCACUGCACAAUCUACAUCUUCAGUUGUGACCUCUAAUUCUCUUCGAACAGAAACACCAACACCUUCACUGAUAACCCCAGGUCAGCUGUUGCAGUCUGGACCAACUACAAUCCCUUCUUCACAACCUGUGCAAACAGGUCAUAAAGACGUGGAGGUGGUUCAAGCAUCAACAACAUUAUCAACAGAACCAUCAGUGCCUGCUGUUACAGAAGCUCAGCCACCAAUACUCCCAUUACCUGUUCCAGCACGGGCAAGUUAUAAGCCAAAUGGAGCUCCUUUUCAUUCUCGUCAUGGUUAUAGGGGGCGGGAAAGAGGAAGAGGAACUGGGAGUUCACGUUCUGUGACAAAAUUUACUGAGGAUUUUGAUUUUAUGGCAAUGAAUGAGAAAUUCAACAAGGAUGAAGUAUGGGGUCAUCUUGGCAAGAGUAACAAAUCUCAUUCAAAGGACAGAGAAGAUGGAAAAGGCAGUGAUGAAGAUGAUUCUCAAUAUGAAGAUGAUGAUGAAUUGACUAAGAUUGAAAUUAAGCCCCUUUAUAACAAAGAUGACUUUUUUGAUACUCUCUCCUGCAAUGCACUUGAUCAAGAUUAUCAGAAUGGAAGGACUAAAUUCUCCGAGCAACUGAAGAUAGACACAGAGACUUUUGGGGACUUUCAAAGAUAUCGGGGAGGUAGGGGUGGCCGUGGGCCUCCACGUGGUGGCCGUCCCUAUGGGUCUUAUCAUGGACGGGGGUAUGGCUAUGGCUAUGGCUAUGGCUAUGGCUAUGGUGGGCGGGGCCGUGGACGGGCCAUGCCCAAUCGUGCAUCGUAGGCAGUGCUUGGUAUUUUGAGAUGUUAGUGGGGUAAACUUAGAGCCCAAUUGCCCAUGUACCAACAAGCAAUAUGGAGCUAUGCUUGCAGUGUGUUUUUCUGAUUGUCUAGAGAAUAAGGGGGAGGGAUGUGCUACAUGUUUUACAUUUAGUACAUCCGAAUUCCCUUUCGUUUAGCAGUCCUAGUGGAGUUAAAUGAAGAAUUAUAUUUCAAUUGAAGAAUUACUUGUUUGCCAUUCA